GUCUCCAUUUUUUUUGUGGAUUCAUUCCUACGAAACCCUAACGUGUAACGACCAUGGGAGACGAUGAUUCAGACCGUCAAUCUGUCGGAGAGCAAGUUUCAUCACCACCUCGUCGGAAAUCGGUUCAUCAAGCUCUCGGCGGUAGUAUAAUUGCCGACGCGCUAUUGUGGAAACGAUGGACUGCAGGGGCUUUUCUGCUAGUAACAGCGACUGCCUUUUGGUUCCUUUUCGAAUGGGCUGGAUACAGUCCGUUAUCUCUUGUCGCUAAUGUGCUAUUACUUCUGAUUUUAAUCUUAUUCUUCUGGGCGAAAUCCGCAUCUCUUCUCAAUAGGCCUCUACCUCCUCUUCCCAAUCUAGAAGUUUCUGAGGAUUUUGUUGAGAGAGCUGCGGAUGUAGCAAGAUUGUGGAUAAACCGCAUCCUGAAAGUUGCCCAUGAUAUCUCUCUUGGGGGAGAUGUGAGACUUUUCCUUCAGGUAAUUUUUGGUCUAUGGCUAAUAUCUUAUUUUGGAAGCCUCUUCAGCUUCCUCAGUCUUGUCUAUAUUGGUAUUCUUAUAUCUCUCACUGUUCCUGCUUUGUACGACAAGUACCAGGAUCAUGUCGAUGACAAGCUGAGUAAAACACACGAAGUCCUUUCAUCACAUUACAGGAAAAUUGAUGACAACAUCUUAAGCAAGAUUCCCAGAUCUAUAAACAAGGAAAAGAAGAUUCAAUAGCGUGGUUUUCUGUCCACUGAGAUGCCACAUGAUCUUAUCAACUUAAAUGCCGGUACAGCAUGCCUUCAAAAACGUGAGUCAAUUCAUCAGGUUCUACAUUGUGGGAGAAUGAAAUUGUUUGUUAUGUUUGUGGAUCUAAAAUCUUGAAGUAAUGUUGGGGCUAAUUUAUUCCAGUCCCCC